GUGUCACUUCCUGUUAGUGCAGAGAGAGGCAGUGCUGAGUUAAAGACACCGAAACACAGACACAUCACAGCAAAAAAUAGCGAGGGAAGAGAGAAGCAGAUGAUCAGAGUUUCAGUCGCUUCUCUGAUUUUUAAAUAUUGAUCAUGAAUUUGUCGUGAAAAUCCGACUGAAUCUGUCGCUCGUGUGUGUAAAGGAGGCAAAACGAAACCUUUUUUUUCCUCGUGCCGCACGGAUUUCUCGCCCUUUUUUCAGUUCGCUACACUUAAAAAUCAUCAUUACAGGACACAUUUUAGAUAUUAUUAUUAUUUACUGUGUAUUUUGGGAGAGAGAGGAUUUUGAACAUGGGAUGUUUGGGUAACAGCAAGACAGAAGAUCAGCGCAUCGACGAGAAGGCGCAACGAGAGGCGAAUAAAAAGAUCGAGAAACAGUUACAGAAAGAGAGACAGGCGUACAAAGCCACACACCGCCUUCUCUUAUUAGGCGCAGGGGAAUCCGGGAAGAGCACUAUAGUCAAACAGAUGCGGAUUCUGCACGUCAACGGCUUUAACGCAGAAGAAAAGAAGCAAAAAAUAUUGGAUAUUCGGAAAAAUGUCAAGGACGCAAUUGUCACGAUAGUAUCUGCUAUGAGCACCUUAACGCCCCCGGUGUCAAUUGCCAACCCGUCCAAUCAGCCUAGAGCAGAGUACAUCAAAAGUAUAGCUCCGCUCUCAGAUUUUGACUACACAGAGGAGUUUUUUGAGCAUGCAAAGAAUCUGUGGGAUGAUGAGGGAGUGAAGGCCUGUUUCGAGCGCUCAAACGAGUAUCAGCUCAUUGACUGUGCACAGUACUUCCUGGACAGAAUUGAGUCUGUACGACAGGGUGACUAUACACCAACAGACCAGGAUUUGCUGAGGUGCCGUGUUUUGACAUCAGGGAUUUUUGAAACCCGAUUUCAAGUAGACAAAGUCAACUUUCAUAUGUUUGAUGUGGGUGGUCAGAGAGAUGAAAGAAGGAAAUGGAUUCAGUGCUUUAAUGAUGUGACCGCCAUCAUCUUUGUGGCAGCCAGUAGCAGUUAUAACAUGGUCAUAAGGGAAGACAACAGCACUAACCGGCUACGCGAGUCUCUUGAUCUGUUCCGCAGCAUCUGGACUAACAGGUUUUUAAGGACCAUCUCAGUGAUCUUAUUUCUGAACAAACAGGACAUGCUGGCAGAAAAGAUCCUGGCAGGAAAAUCCAAACUUGAAGAUUAUUUCCCAGAGUAUGCUCGCUACACUCUUCCUCCUGAAGCGACUCCUGAUCCCGGAGAAGACCCAAAAGUGUCCAGGGCAAAGUUUUUUAUCCGAGAUGAAUUCUUGAAAAUCAGCACAGCAAGCGGCACAGACAAACACUACUGCUAUCCCCAUUUCACCUGUGCUGUGGACACAGAAAACAUCCGUCGUGUAUUCAAUGACUGUCGUGACAUUAUUCAGAGGAUGCACCUCCGCCAAUAUGAACUCUUGUGAUUGGCUGUCUGGAUCGGUCGCUUUUCCAAUCAACAAUUAUCCAGUACCUCAUCACAUGGGUGUGGUCUUUAAGAACUACUGAAGAGUGACAAUGUUUUUUUUUCUGCUUUUCACUUGUUUGCUUUCCUUUUUAAUUUAUUUAUAGUCGUAUAUGAAUUAUAUGAAUGUGUGUAUAAGGUGAAAUUAUUUCUAUUUUAUGUUUUAUACUACUCGGUCACUAGGUCAUUUCUUUCUUUAUAUAUUUUGUUGUUGUUGUUGUUGUUGUGUUUCAGCAUUGACUGGCUUUAGAUGAAGUUAGAUUAGAAGAUUAGAUGUGGUUUGACCAGCGGACAUAAUGGAAACCUGUGGUAACCUGUGACCUGUGUCAGGAUGGUCUGGCCUUUGACCUUUCCCCUGUAUCUAAUGAAGGGGACAUUGGAAUACUUGACAUAGGAGAAAUUGGGUACAUAAAUGGUUUAAUGAAGCACUUUGCAUCAGUUGUUUCCUAGCCAGGAUGCAAAAUUCACAAUGUAGCACCUAUGUAUUUUUCUUUCUUUUUUUUCAAUGUUUUAGUUUAGUUUAUAUUACCUUUUUGCUUUUUUUUCUGCAAAGCAUGCAGAAAGGACUUCAGGGCUAGAUAGGAGUUUGUAACCAACUACAGAGCACAGAGUAGAAGGUGGGGCUUGUGGGAUUUGUCAUACACCAGGGGCAAUCCAUCCUGUGAGAACCGUCACCACCAACCAAUGCCUCCUUUAGUAUGGGCAGCCCUUAUUUGGGAGGUAGUUCUUAAUAUUGAUACAAAGAAGAACACAAUAUAUUUUUAAGGGUUUUGUUUUGUUAUUCUAAAAAAAUUGCAAGGUUGCUUGAUCUUGUACAGCACUGCAAAAUGUUAUUUUAUAUAACUUCUACAAGACAAAACUUUGACUUGUAGAAGCUCUUUGUGCCUUUGAAUAUGGCUGUACCUCUAAAUGAAGAUAAAUUAUGUGUGAUUGGAAAGCGGUGUACAGCUUGAUGUCAAAUCUUACAUCCAGCACAGCUGACGAAAAAUCGCUCUGUAGACUAAUUUUUUUUUUCUGUACUAUAAAGCUAUUUUAAAUGUCUUUUAUUAUAAAAUGAAAAAAAAAUCUUGGUAUACAAUAUGCAAAAUUAACCACUUUGUUUAGAAACUGCAAAUACAGUAUGUCUUACAGUUCUUUGAAUUUCUGUUUUUGUCGGAUGGACUCACCUUGAAAACUUUGGAAAUAUAUCCAAAAUGUUGACCUUUUGUUGUUUCAGGUAGGAUGCAUUUUUAGAAGUGGCAUAUAUGCAGACUGUAUGCGGGGUCGUGUCGGUGAAAGUGUGUACAUAUGUGUGAUUGUUGUGUGUGUGCAUACAUUUGCAGAUAUGCCACGUCGUACUGUACAUGUGCAUUCUAUGUGUACAUAUAUAUUUAUAGAAUAUGUAUAUUCAUGUUUUUAUAAAUGUAUAUGUACAAUUAUUCAUAAUAAUAUGUGUGCCUAAAUGUAUACAUAUGUAUGAAUGUUUAUUUAGGUUGUAUGCAUAGCUAUGCAUAUACAAAUGCAUAAUAUUUAAGGAAUGAGGAAGUAAGAUUAGUGAGAUAAAUCACUAGUCUGGCCAUCCUGAGCUUGUACUGACUGCACUGGCAUUGUGAAUGUGAGCGCACAUAGUGUAAGUCUCACAGCUCAAGUGUGUCCAUAUGUCUCUCUCACUCACCAUUGGGGCAGUUAUCAUAAGUCAAAGGAAUAGUGCAAUGCAAUUUUUAUUUAUUUAUUUUUUUUAAUUUUUUUUUUAAGUGUUUGUACAGAACUGUACAGAAAUGACUUCAUGAAAAAUCAUUUGUGUGUUCAAAAAAUCAACCGCAUGCAGAUUCUAACAACAUUUUUUGAAAGAUUUUUCAGGAGAAGUAAUCCUUUAAUACAUGAGUUGCUGACUUAAAUUUGAUACAUGCACAUGCACAAUGCCACAUAAACUUAUGAUUUGAAUCCCUGACUCUACUCUACUUCUCAACUGGUGAAGUGCAGGGACAGUGUGUGAUGUGACUUAGGCUGUGAGUGGCUGUAACUGGUAGAUAGGCUUUAUUCUCCUUACUAUCCUCUGCAGCUUUUACAUGGUCAAUCUUACUUCAGAAACUAAAAAUACAAGUGACAAUGACGAAAAAUUAUAUAUAUAUAUAUAUAUAUACACACACACACACACACACACACACACACACCUGUAUAAAAUCUUCUUGUUUCUUUUAAUUUUGUAACGUUUAUUUUAAUAAUGAGGCACAUUAGAAGACCUUGGUCUAUGUUUAGAAUGGCAUUGUGGAAGGUAAUUUUGCAAAUAAAAUAAAGAAAUGUGA